CUUAUGGGUGCAGUGAAAGUUUGUGUGCUGUGAGGGUUUUGGGUCUGUGGUACAAACAUUGAUGUAUUAAAUGUAUACAAUUGUUUUUUAACGUUUCUGACGAAUUAACAUAUUGAGUCAAGAUAUCGUUUUGAUAUGGAUCCAUUCGUACAGCAAAUGUUUGCUCGAUCCAAAGCUCGUAGAGAAGGAAGGAAUGCACAACUGAUGAAUUUGGGGCUAGAAGUUUCAAUGCAUCGCAACCCCCUGCAGGAUUACAAUCACACGCAGCUGUUAAAUGUAACCACACGAGUUUCAGUUGAAGUGACUGCAACAAAAUCUGAUGGAGAACCCAUCACUAUCAAUGUAAGUGUAACUCCAAAGAAAGUUGACUGUGUCAGCCCCCAUUUGGAAGAAGGUGAUGGAAAUGCCACCAAAGAGACUAUAAAUGUAGUGAUAUCAGAGAAGCCAGGGUGCACCAGUGCUAUCAGAGACAGUGCUCAUUCUAGACUUCAUAGGCUUGGAGCCUUAUAUGCCGACUCACAGCUGUCAUCGCCAAUCCAUAAAACAGAGGUACAUUUCAGUGCAGAACAAGCUGAAGUGGAGAAUGAAGUGCCACAACAAACACAUUCGAAGACAAAAUCAGGAGGACUGCAAGCUAAGUUGGCUAUGCUUGCUGACACUAUCAGACACUGGGAGGACGAAGUCAGCCAUCCUACUGCUGUUUCUUCACAUGCUAGUCCAGACCAAAGUAAAGGAAGCUCUGGUAAUGUCGCUAACCACAGUACCAGUACUGCAGAAACAUUGAGUUCCAAAAUAGUGAGCAAACCAAAUCCUGACCAGCAGUGUUUGAAAGUGGCUAAAACAAGGCAAUUUGUGUUGGAUGAGAACACUGUUGCAACUCUUGUUGAGGAGAAUGAUGAUAAGACAUGCAACAUUCCUGCUCCAGUUUCUAGUGAUGAAGUCGAAAACCAGCUGGCAACUAUACAAGAAAAUGUCUCUGAGACACUGCUCGAUUCAGUGAAGUUGCUGCGAGUUCAGGUAGGAAACAAGGGUUCACAAACUCCAGUGACAGGAACAAAUAUCCUUCAUAGCAACUCAAGCAACAAGUUAACCAGUUCUCCAGGGAAAAGAAAUGUUCUGCCCAGAUCAACUGGAAGUCCAUGCGUACCAAAUGUACCACAGAUGGGACUUUGUGUUGGUAGUCCUCACAAAGGAGAUUCAUCUCCAAAAAUUGGCUCAGUACUUCACAAGGCUGCUCUCUUUGAGUCAAGCCCAACAAAGAAGAAUAGCAAAGAUCCCACUGAGCUCUCUGUAGCAGAGAGGCUUGCAAUGUUUGAACAUAACAAGGGGCAAGCUCUGAUGCCUAAGGCUGCAUUAUCAAUGCCUGUUCCUGCCAAAUAUAUUGCAGGUAGUAGUGAUGGGCAGAAAAGUAUUCCCAGUAAAGUCUAUUCCCCUGGGAAGGGGAACAGGAUGGUCAACAGCACAGUGACACAGCUGCAGGAAUCUGUGACAUUUAACACCAAUGCCAAGACAAUUUUGCCACCUGGAAAACAAAGUGGCCACGUGGCAAAACAAGCUAACAAAUCCUGUGUUGCUGAUACUGCUCUUUCACCACCAGCUCCUUCUGAGGACUUGCCAACAAGAUCCAGCAAGGCUUUGGCUCAAAUGUUUGAACAAGGCAAUGCAUUUGCAGUACAUAAUGCCGCUAUUGAGAACGUGCAAUCAGAAGGACAACAGGAAAUGGUAAUGUUGAAUCGCUGGAACAGGAACAAACAGUUGGCUUCUUCAAAAGAAUGCAAUGUGAAUACUGAUGGCACAAACAAUACGACUGCUGUAUGGGCCGAUCAGAUGAAACAGGAGUGUUGUGGACCUCCCCCUACCCCUCCAUUACCAACUCCUGCAGAUUUGUCUCAGGUGCAGGCAGACGGAAGGCCUCCAGGAUCUAUACCAUCAAAGACAAGCCAUGACUCUAACAUAUCACCAGUGAGAUAUUUCAAUGUAUCAACAUCAUCUUGCCCAGGAAAAAAGCGGAAAGCCCAGAAUUGUGAGAGAUAUGAAGGAUUGACAGCUAUGAAGCGUAUCAAGGUCAGGCCACCUAAACCCGGCCAUCUGUAUCCAUGCCUGUCUGAUAUCGAAGCAACAACAGAGACAGAGAGUGAAAUUCCAGAUGAAAGUGAUGGGGAGAGUUCACGGGAUGCAAGUUUUGGACGUGAAAUCGUGACGGCAACAGGAGAGGAAUCGCAGAAAGAUACCAGUGAUGAAUCUACUGACUUGGAAAAUGUUGGUGAUAUGGCGGAGGAAGCUUUAUCUGUUUGUCACGAUUCAGACACAUUGCCAUCACCAUCAAAGAAAUCCAAUGCUAAUCAUCGGUCUCCACAGGCUGUGAAGGGAACUCCAGUCUGCCAGGUGGUGAGACAGCCAGAACCUGAACCAGAAGAAUUCUCAAUUGAAGAGAAAAUGGAGUCAGAGGAGGAAAUUGUGUGCAAUAAAAUAUCAGAGCUGGUGGAUGAGGUGAAGAAACAAGAGAUAAUGAUUUCACAGGUAACUCAGGCGCUUAAUUUCUGCUAUUCAACUAUCGAGUUCUCAGGUUCAGCAGAGCAGGUUGAAAGAGAAAGAUUGCUACUUGUUGCAACUCAUCGUCGACAAGCUGCACUGCAUGAGCUACAGCGUUUGCAGAUAGAAGGCAGCCUGAGGCCGAAGGGCUGCAGCUCUGAACUGUCAGUGCGGGGAUCACUUAUCAUAUCUAAUGUAACCUUACCGUUGACGAGAGACUAUCUUCAUACAGUGGCUGCAGGUGAAUGGUGCCAUCAUUAUAUGUACUUGGUGCGCUCUCAGGAGCAAGUGGUGGCCUCACAAGUUCUGGCUGCCACAAGUGAGAACCUGCAUUAUGAUGGAGGUGCAGCUUUGCUGUUCCCUGGUUCUGUGAAACUUUCUGGCCUAUAUAGUGAUUUCAAAGUGACACUUGAGGUAUACAUCUUGCAGACCAACAGAGAAGUGCUGCCUCAUGAUGUCAAAUACCAUAUCUUGGGCAAGAAGGAUGGCAGUGGUAAUAAGUUACGUCUGAUUGCCAAGAAGUUGCUGAAGCAAGUAUCUCGUAUGGUGAGGCCAUCAAUAGAGUCACCAGCUGGCCCAUCAGCUGUCCGUUCACCAGCUUUCAAGAUGUCAGGCUGUGUGGUAUUCUCAUUGCAUGAACUGAGACGCACACAGUUCAUUCUCAAUAAGGUAGCAUAUUCUUCUUCGUUGGAAGGUAAUAUAUGGCUGCAACUCAGCACAGAAAUUGAGCAGAAUGUAAGGGAAAGGGGAUUUCUCACCAUGUUUGAGGAUGUGUCAGGGUUUGGAGCAUGGCAUAGGAGAUGGUGCCUGCUUGAAGAUGCAGUUCUUUCAUAUUGGAAAUAUCCAGACGAUGAGAGAAAGAAGGAUCCAAUUGGACAGAUAGAUCUCAAUACGUGUACCAAAAAAGGUGUGAAGCAGGUAUCACGUACUGUUUGUGCACGACCACAUACAUUUUUGUUGACAACCGUGCAACCAGCAUUGCCUGGCGAUGAGGAUUCUCUUAUCCUAGAACGACGUGGCACACACACUGUCAUUCGACACCUACUGUCAGCAGACACAUGGGAGGAUCGCCAUCUGUGGUGUACACAACUUAACAAGACUCUGGACAUGUUGAGGGCAUGGGGGAGUAAUCUUCCAGUUAGUCCCAAGUCUUGCAUUCAGAAAUAAUUUUUAAUGCACUAGUAUUGAAAUAGGUUGCCUAUAUACACUGUGGGUUUGGGUCAUGCUCGAACAAUAUAAUGCACAAAGAUGCAUUAUAUAUA